GGAUACGGAACCAACAACUUCAAUCACAAAUGCUAGCCGUGCCACAAUUUGUGUUGCGCAGUCGGACCUAAGUGAGAAACUAUGCUCGGAGAAGCUGGGACCGGAAGUAGUCCUGGGAUGCCUGUAUUGACGCUGCACAGCCGGUCUCGGGUUAGUAGCGCGUCAAAGGAAAGUGAGUGGGUCGGGAUACUAUACUUGUGUAAAGAACUGUGAACAGCGGAAAGCAGUUGAGCUGCUUCAUCCGUUUCUGUGGAUAUCUUUACUAAGAGCCAUACUCAUUCAUAGGUGUACUUGAUGGCCCAAGUCUUGGCAGUUGAAGAAUAUACAUGAUUGAUUGUUUGUGCCUCAAGCAGCAUCUGGGCCUGGACACCAUUAUAUAUUGGACAGUGGAUGCAGAGCAGCUCUUUUGUUUCUGAAACUCUUGCUAAUCACCUUUGACACCAGGUGACAAAAUGGCCACAGGAGCAGAUGUGCGGGAUAUAUUGGAACUGGGGGGCACAGAGUCUGAGAACAUAGGAACUAUUAAUAAGAAAGAUAUCAUCAAUUCUGAUAAGAAAAAAUCCAAGAAGUCAUCAGAGACCCUCACAUUUAAGAGACCAGAAGGAAUGCACCGGGAGGUCUAUGCACUGCUCUACUCAGAUAAAAAAGAUGCACCUCCCCUUUUGCCAAGUGAUACAACGCAGGGCUACCGAACAGUUAAGGCAAAGCUGGGAUCUAAGAAAGUGCGACCUUGGAAGUGGAUGCCUUUCACCAAUCCUGCAAGGAAGGAUGGCGCCAUGUUCUACCACUGGAGGAGGGCAGCAGAAGAGGGCAAGGAUUACCCUUUUGCCAGAUUCAACAAAACAGUGCAAGUUCCUGUUUACUCAGAACAGGAAUAUCAGAUGUAUCUUCAUGAUGAUGCCUGGACCAAAGCUGAAACAGACCACCUCUUUGACUUAUCCCGAAGAUUUGAUCUCCGCUUUGUAGUCAUUCAUGACCGCUAUGAUCACCAGCAGUUCAAAAAGCGGUCAGUGGAAGAUCUAAAGGAGCGCUACUAUCACAUCUGUGCCAAGUUGGCCAACAUUCGUGCUACCCCAGGCACUGACUUGAAAAUCCCCAUCUUUGAUGCAGGCCAUGAGAGGCGCCGGAAAGAACAGUUAGAGAGGCUAUAUAAUCGGACGCCAGAGCAGGUGGCAGAAGAGGAAUAUCUAAUCCAGGAGUUGCGCAAAAUUGAAGCCAGGAAGAAAGAGAGGGAGAAGCGAACACAAGACUUGCAGAAACUCAUAACGGCUGCUGACACAACCACCGAACAAAGACGUGCAGAGCGCAAGGCACCCAAGAAGAAGCUGCCACAGAAGAAAGAAACUGAGAAACCUGCUGUCCCUGAGACUGCUGGCAUCAAGUUUCCGGACUUCAAGUCUGCAGGUGUCACGCUGCGGAGUCAGAGGAUGAAACUGCCGAGCUCCGUGGGACAGAAGAAGAUUAAAGCCUUGGAGCAGAUGCUGGUGGAACUCGGAGUAGAUCUGAACCCGAUGCCGACAGAAGAGAUUGUCCAGAUGUUCAAUGAGUUGCGCAGUGAUCUAGUGCUCCUAUAUGAACUCAAGCAAGCCUUUGCAAAUUGUGAAUAUGAGCUGCAGAUGUUGCGACACCGCUAUGAGGCCCUGGCCAAAGCAGGCAGCACAGGGCCCAGCACAGAUGGUGGCUCACAUGCUGAUGGACCGUCAGGCUUGUGCACUGAAGAGGGCAAGGGUGAUGCAAGGGAACAGAUCAUUGAUGUGGUGGGGGCCCCCCUCACACCAAAUUCGAGAAAGCGCAGGGAAUCUGCUUCCAGCUCAUCGUCUGUCAAAAAGGUGAAGAAGCCAUGAGCACCAUGAAGUCCUAGCUCCUGGAUGGUGGGGAACAGGACACUGACUGGAGGGGCACGAUGGCUGCAUUUUCCCUGUACAGUGACAAUGACCUUUAUGCUGUAGGGUUCCUACAGUCACAUUGCACUCUCCUGCUCCAGAAAGGGUGUUGCUGCCCCAGGUAAAGGGGUUGGACUUACUUGUAUAACAACUUCAUAUUGGUUGUUGCUGUGGUUAUUGUGUUGUUUUUCCUGUGUCUGAUUUUUGUAACCUUCUUUAUAAAUACAGAAUCCAUUAGCUCUUUU